CGACUGCUCAAGUCCACAUUGUGUAGGACAAUAUGGCCCCCACACACGUACUCGACAAAUACUACCUUCUCAUAACGUUUCUGGUUACGCUGGGAUACCAGUUGCUUGGGUUCGCCAUUGCAUGGACUUUGCAGUUUGAUAAGAUUACUGACCUUACGGGUGGAUCUAACUUCUUCAUCUUGGCCCUGCUCACACUCUUGCUUGGCAACACGUUCUACACUCGAAACAUUGUUGCGAGCGUCCUCGUAAUGGUAUGGGCAAUCCGACUGGCAGGUUUCCUCCUGUUCAGAGUUAUCAAAAUGGGAAAAGACAGUCGCUUUGACGAUAUUCGUUCUCACUUCUUCAAAUUCCUAGGGUUCUGGAUAGCUCAGAUUCUAUGGGUUUGGGUGGUCUCCCUCCCCAUAAUAAUCCUCAACUCUCGAGCUGUCUCCGAUCCCGCAGUCGGUGGAUCCAACCCAGAGUUUGGGACCUCGAGAGACAUUGCGGGGAUUGUGGUGUGGGCUGUCGGGUUUAUUAUUGAAAGCGUCGCUGACGCCCAGAAGUACUGGUACAAGUCAAGCGGAAAGAUUCCCAAGGGUUCUCCUAUGCGGAGAGGACUUUGGGCUUGGUCUCGACAUCCACCUUACUUUGGAGAGAUGCUUUGUUGGUGGGGCAUCUGGAUGCUAUGCCUGUCUCCGAGCACCAAUGGCGACCUACCAUCUUCAGCAAGAGCCGCCCAGCACGGAUCUGUCGUGUCACCUCUGUUCACCUUCCUGGUCCUCAUGUUUGGUUCCGGAAUACCGACCGCUGAGAAGCCAACAGCAGAAAAGUUCUACAAGAUGGCUCAAAAGCCUGACGCAGACGAGGCAGAAGCAAACGCGUGGAAGAACUACCAGGAAUACCUUGAAUCAACGUCCAUCUUGAUUCCAAUACCCCCAGUUCUAUAUCGACCUCUACCGAAGGUGUUAAAGAGAACGCUAUUGAUGGACUUCCCAUUUUUCCAAUUCGAAGAGAAGCAAACGAGGUCGGAUUCGCAAGGGUUGCUGCAGGAAUGAGCUCACACCUCGACUCGAGAUCAAUAGAUCGUCCAGUUUGCUACUUUACGCCGUUAUGAAUCAUGAUUCUGUUGUAGUAUAAUUAAGACGAUAAUUGAGCAGUGCUGAAUCUGA